GGGGCCCAAUUUUCCCUCCAGAAACCCAACCGUAAUCUCUGUACGUCUCCAAGUUUUUCCUCCACUUCGCAAACCCUAACACUCGCUUACGGGAAUGACGCCCACACUCUCUUCGACUCCGCUGUACUGCCUGAUGAGCUAAAUAUGGGUUCGCCCGGGGAUGAUGACGAUAAGAUGGAACCCAUAGAGAGGAAUUCAGCUGUGGACAUAAGCGAUGACGAGACUCAGCCUUUUGACAGUCAAUUUUCUCCCACUUGGUUGUCUGAUGGGGACAAAGGUGAGGAUGAGCUACAAUGUCUUCAAAGUACUGUGCCCUUUGAUGAUCAUGUUCCACUUGAAGAUGUGUUUGAGACCCAGGUGUUGAACCUUGGCGGUGAGACCCCAGUGUUGAACUUUGGUGGUGAGACCCAAGUGAUGGAUGAUCCGAAUUGUGAGGAAAAUAUUUGCACCCAGUUGGUAGAUGUAUGUGAUACUGAAGUUGUCAUUGGCAGCAAUGGCGAAGGAACUGAAAUUUUAGGUGAUACUGAGGAGUUGUCUGAUGGCGAUUCUCUGAAAAGAGGUGGCAAUCAUCCAUUGGACCAGGAGAACAUGCAGGCUCUUUGCAAGCGAGUUGAUGACCAAUCUAAAGAAGAAUCAGAUGAUUUAAGUAAUGAAAAGUGCAGUUCAGGAUCAUUUCACAGGGAUUUUACUUCAGUUCGUGCAGCAUCUAUACGAACAUCUGGUACGGCAGCUCGCAGCAUGGCUACCAGAAGAACCAACAGAGAGUCAUGUUCCAUUACGAGUGACAGUCAGUCUUUGAAGCAGCAUAACAAGAUAUCUAUUAGCGAUUCACCUGCAUGUGGGAAGGAAGUUCAUUUGCUACAUGCUUUGGAGGAGUACGGUGCACGAAUGAAGGGAUUUAGUAAUGAAAACAGGUGCAAUGUUAGUAGUUCAACUGUGAGGAAACUUUUUGCAGAGGAUACACUUGCUGCCACCAAGGGGCCACAUCAAGAUGGCAGCAUGAAUGACACUGAUGGAGUAGCAAACUUGCCUCAGUCAUGCCCUUUAGAAAAUGGGUUGGCAGGGUUAAGCUAUGUCAAUUCUCAAGAACCCGGAGAGUUAUCACAAGCCAAUGCACUUGACUUUGUGGAUAAGUUUCUUAAGGUCAAUGUCACUGAUUUUGAUGAAGAACUUGACUUUGGAAAGUCCACUGGGAGGAAGGCAAGGCCUGCCUCAAGUGCAAAAGGGACUCAAAGUUUGGCCAAGAGAGCUAAUUUUACAAGCACAGAUGGUGAAAGAGGGAUUUACGAGUGGGAUGAUAGUCGUGAAGACGAAGGAGGGGGAGAGUUUUUUAGAAAGAAGAAGGAUGCACUUUUCGAUAAUGGAGGCCAAAGGCGAAGAUCUCUUUCCCAUCCCAGGAAACGUAGGUUUCUGGACUCCAAAGGAAGCCACGUGGUGGAAGAAUCAGGGAACAAGAUAGAACAACUAGACAUCCAUGAGAAAAUAAUGGACUCCCUUUACUCCGAUUCAAGGUUGGUGUUGCAUAAUGUGAAAGGGAAUGGAAAGUCAAGAAAGGUAAUGGAAAGAGAAUCUAAAAAGACUUUAAUUAAGGAGCUGGGUGAACAUUUAAACGUAGGUUCUGCCGAUGGAAUGGUAGAUACUGGAACUGCCAAGGAUGUGCCAGACAAGUCAAGCAUGGGUUUUGAUACUCAAAUGGCUGCUGAAGCUAUGGAAGCGUUAUGCGUUGGGUUGGUUGUGACUGAUCAUGAUGGUUAUGAUGCUAAUCAAGGUGCUGAAAACAUGCAGAAGGGUUCUUGCAAAGGAGAAACAAUUGAUAGAACAAAUUCAAAGCAAAAUACUGUUCAGAAAAGAGAAUGUUCUUAUUCCAGAGUUAGCACUAGACAGUCCAAGCAAACAAAGAGGAGUGCUACCAAAUUGGGUAAAGAAACCUCUAUUUCACUGCUGAAAAAGCCUAAAAAUUUCAGGAAGCAAUGUGAUGCAAAGCUAGAAAAAUCUGACAUGAAAAGAGUAAAGUCUGAUGUUAAGAAGCGAUUUGCCACCAAGAGGAGUAACAGCUUAAGCAAAGUGGUCAUUGAGCAAGAAAGUGCUCUGGGAAGAAUUGAGGUUGAUGAGAUUGAUAGAUGUGAUGUCAAUGCAUCAAGAGGCCAAAUGUCAGUCAAGAAACGGCCUUUGCAGGAGCAAUUUGAUACCUUUACAUCAAUAGCACGUCGAACUAGGCAGUGCAUGGAGGGGAAUCAAUCAAAAAAGGCUGGGAAUGUGUCAAAUAAUGUCAGAGAGGAGGUGAGCAAUCCAACAGUUGCCGGAACCCUUAAAGACAAAAGAAAAAGGAGUAGAGUAGGUAUGGAUGCUUCCAUUAUGUUGAGUGUGGAAGACAAGUCUUCUGAAGUGAAACUUGUCACAUUUUCUGAGCAUGAACAAUCUGAUCCAAAGUUAAAGUGCACAACAAGUGCUGUCAACCUUGAUGAAUUGGACUAUCCCAGAGGAAGAAGAACUCGGCAAAGGUUGUCAGCAGUUGGGAAAAAUGCUAAGAAACAAUCAAAGACAACGUUAAGAAUGUCAGAAAUUGAUGCUGUAAGCGCUUCUGUUGAUCUAGGCAUAAAGAGGAAAACACGGUCAUCUGUAUGUACUGCUCCAGUUUUGCCAUCCUUGGACAGACAUACUGGGGAAAGAUUGUUGGAGCAGAGUGUAGAUAAAGGAAGAUCAGGGGAUGCUACAGUCAACUGUAAUUUCGGUUAUAUAAAUGAGAAUGCUACUCCAAAAGAUGUGGUUGAGCCACCAACGUCUAAGCAUUCUAAUGGGAGGAGUAAUGCUGAUACGCCAUAUGUAAAAGGUGCAGAAGCAAAUGCCUUGUUGAAAGCAUCGCCAAAAGAGAGAUGUGAACUAUCUGCUUCAGCAUGUACUACUCCUGUUAACUGUAGGACUCCUAUAAAUGCAGGUUCGCCUAUUUGUAUGGGAGGUGAAUAUCUUAAACAGUCAUGCAGGAAGAACCUCUCCAGAUCAUCCCUUAGUAAAGAGAUUAAUACCACUGGAAUGGAACUUACGUCUGCGCUGAACUAUUCAAGGAGAAGGAGAGAUGUCACUAAUGUUCGAGUCUUGUUCAGCCAGCACUUGGAUGGGGAUACGACCAGGCAGCAAAAAAAGAUUUUGUCUCGGCUGAGGGCUUCAGUAGCGUCAUCUAUUUCCGAUGCCACGCACUUCGUAACUGAUAAAUUCGUGCGUACAAGGAAUAUGUUGGAAGCUAUUGCUUCUGGCAAGCCAGUGGUGACUCACUUAUGGCUUGAGAGCUGUGGGCAAGCUAGCUGUUUCGUUGAUGAGAGAAAUUACAUUCUGAGAGAUGCCAAGAAGGAAACGGAGUGCGGUUUUAGUAUGCCAGUUUCAUUGGCACGUGCAUGCGAACAUCCCCUUCUACAGGUAAUUACUCGGUUUUGUUUGUCGAAUCAGAUGCAAUGCAUGUCUGACUCCUUUACAAAGAAUAUCAUCUUGCAGGGGCAAAGAGUCUUGAUCACGCCAAAUACAAAGCCUGGCAAAGAAAUAUUAGCAAGCUUGGUCAAGGCAGUUCAGGGUGUGGUGUGUAGUUCUCCCUGAUCUUUUCCUUUAGAACUAAGCCAUAGAAACUUAUUGUAUAUAGAAUUUGGUUUGGUUCACUUGAUAGUUGAGUCAUUGGUAUGAUUUUAGUUCUUUGGCUAUCAUUGCUGACAUCUGUGGAUGGUAUGGAUUACCAUGAGAGAGUGGAAUAGAUACUGCUUGGACUUUUCACACUCUCUCCCUCCCUCACAAAUACGUCACUUUGUUUUUCUAGUUGAUUUACUUCCUGCUAUCCCUUUGGUAUAUGUAUUACUUCUGGAAUCUGACUUAUGGAGCGAGGAUGUCUAAUAGAAGUUUAUAUGUUCAAAGUUUCCCAUCAAGGCAUGCUUUGACUUGCUGCUAUCUCAUUGGUAACUGUUAGAUCUCUUUCCCUUGGGAUGUCCCCCUUGAGGGUGGAGUUGGUUGCAGUUUUGGAUUCAAUUUUGUCAUUUUUCUCCAUUCUAAAUUACACUUCCUAUAGGUGAUGUAUUUACUUUCUCAACUCUGAAGUACAUGUAUAUUAUUUAAUCUUUCGAACUCAAUCAUGUAAUGCUCAUCAGGCGGUACAGAGAAUUGGCAGAUCUGCAUUGAAGGAUGACAGAAUUCCUGUUGACCUGUUGGUUUUAUCUUGUGAAGAAGAUUAUACAAGCUGCCUACCUUUUCUUGAAAAAGGAGCAGCAGUCUACGGUUCAGAGCUGCUACUUAGUGGAAUAGUCACUCAGAAGCUGGAGUAUGAAAGACAUCGUCUCUUUACGGAUAUUGUCAAGAGAACCCGUUCAACAUUAUGGCUGAAAAAUGAUGGUAAUCAGUAUCUUCCUGUGAAUAGAUCCAAAUGAGAAUUUUUUAGCCCUGUUCUCUCCCCCCUCUUUUUUCUUUUAGGUGUCUCUCUGUAGUGUGCUAAAAGGCAGGGAUCUGUUUAAAUUGUGAAUGUCCCUUGUCUUUUUCUCCAUUUUUUCAAGAAUAAAAAUAUGAAAUUAUGGGUCUUGUAAAGAACACUUCCAUGUAUAUAUUUUUCAUUCCUUUCAAAGAUAUUGCUUCAUGGCCAGUAGUGGCAUCAAUCAAAAUUUUG